AUGGCUCCCAUUAUCUCUCUCCUCCUCUCUCUCCUCCUCUUAAUCUCUCCCUCCUCCUCAAGAACUCUGCCCACCUCAACUCCGUCAACCCCACAACCCGGCCCAAUCCAAACCCUCAACCGAAACUACAAGUUCGCAUGCGACCCAGCCCGGUUCAAAUCCCUGAGCCUCGACAUCAAUAACUUCGCCUACUGCAACAAGAGUCUUUCGUACUACGAUCGAGUAGAUGACUUGAUCAGUCGAAUGAGUGUGGGUGAGAAAGUGCACCAGAUCAGUGACUAUGCUUAUGGAGUCGAUAGGAUUGGACUGCCGAAGUAUAAGUGGUGGUCGGAGAUACUGCACGGAGUUUCCACGGUUGGACAGUUCGAUCCUGGACAUGCCACGAGUUUCGGGGGUGAUGUCCCUGGAGCUACGCAGUUUCCUGAGGUUAUCUUGUCGGUGGCAUCGUUUAAUGAAUCCUUGUGGAAAUCCAUUGCUCAGACUGUUUCAACUGAAGCUCGAGCAAUGUACAACUUAGGCCACACAUACUUGACAUUUUGGAGUCCAGUGAUCAAUGUAGCAAGAGAUCCGAGAUGGGGAAGAAUCAUGGAGACGCCAGGAGAAGAUGCAUUCACCAUUGGUAAAUACUCAGUCAAUUUUGUUAGAGGAUUGCAAGAUGUUGAAGGAUUUGAAGUCACCAGUGACUUGAACACAAGGCCCAUCAAGAUUGCUUCUUGUUGCAAGCAUUUUGCUGCUUAUGAUAUUGAGAAUUGGUAUUUUUCGGAGCGAUUCUCAUUCAAUGCUAGGGUAACCGAGCAAGAUAUGGUUGAGUCAUUCAAUCUUCCCUUUGAGAUGUGCAUCAAGGAGGGAGAUUCUACAAGCGCAAUGUGCUCUUACAAUCAAGUCAAUGGCUUUCCCUCUUGUGCUGAUCCAAAGCUCUUGACCCAAACUAUUAGAGGGGAAUGGAAUUUGCACGGGUACAUCGUUUCAGAUUGUUACAUUUAUCAGUAUCUACACGAUAAUCAGAAAUGGCUUAAUCUACCAAAGGAGGAAUUGGUGGCUAAAGUGAUUAACGCCGGUUUGGAUUUGGAGUGUGGAUGGGAUCAUCAUGACCAAGCUAUACUAGCCGUUAAACAAGGAAAAUUAAGAGAGAAGGAAAUCGACAGAGCCUUGAAAAACUUGUAUCUUGUUCUUAUGAGAGUCGGAUUUUUCGAUGGAAUGGAGAAAUAUGAUUCUUUUGGCACAGAUCACAUUUGCACACAAGAACACAUGGAUUUAGCUGCCGACGCAGCAAGACAAGGAAUUGUGUUGUUGAAGAAUGUCAAUAAUACUCUACCGUUGAACAAAGAUAUACAUAAGAAGCUUGCUUUGGGUGGUACUCACGUUAAUGCUACCGAUGCUAUGAAGGGAAAUUAUGCAGGCACGCAAUGUCGCUUUGUUACCCCUCUCAACGCCUUGCAAGCCGAUGCUAACGUAACUUAUGUGCUCGGAUGUGACUUAUACUGCAACAAUAAAACAGUAACUGGACAAAUGAAGAACGCAACAAGUGGAGCAGACGCGACUGUUCUAUUUAUGGGUAUAGAUGCAUCUAUAGAGGGUGAAACCAUUGAUCGACGUGAAUUGCUCCUAAACCCCGGUCAGGUUUCGUUCAUUGAAGAAGUUGCGAAUGCUUCAAAGAAUCCAAUCGUUUUGGUUAUACUUUCGGCUGGAGGGCUUGAUGUAUCUUUUGCUAAGGAUAAUGAUAAGAUUGGUGCUAUUUUGUGGGCUGGAUAUCCAGGACAAGAGGGUGGUCGUGCUAUCGCUGAUGUGAUUUAUGGCCGUUAUAACCCAGGUGGAAGACUUCCAAUUACAUGGUACCCAAACAACUACACGGAAUCCAUCCCAAUGACAUCAAUGCAAUUCAGGCCCGAUCAAGAAUUGGGCUAUCCAGGCCGAACCUACAAAUUCUACGACGGCCCAACAGUGUACCCCUUCGGCUACGGUCUCAGCUACACAACCUUCAACUACACGCUCAAAGCAAACCCCACCAAAAUCGAGACCAAGCUCGAAAAAUACCAAAAAUGCCUCCAAAUUUCCACCAAAAACAGUGCCACGUCACCUCAAUGCCCCUCUGCCGUAAUCACCACGAUGCCAUGCAAUGAGACUAUUGAUUUUGAGGUUGAGGUUGCAAAUAUUGGCAAAGUGGAUGGGAGUGAUGCUGUGAUCGUGUACGCUGUUCCGCCGGAGUAUGUUGAUGGAGCGCCUAUUAAACAGGUGGUGGCUUUUGAUAGGGUGUUUGUGGGGGCUGGGAAGUCGCAGGUGGUGAAGUUUUCGGUUAACGUGUGCCAGCGGUUGAGUGUGGUUGAGAAAACUGCGUAUAGAGUUUUGCCCGCUGGAGCGCAUAAGAUUGUGAUUGGAGACAGUAGUGUGAGUUUUGAUGUUGAUGUGGAGCUUGUUUAUUAACUGAGGGAGGUUUUAGAGUUGAUUCAACCACUUGUUGAAUAUGUUUAGGCUUUGAUAAGUGUUAGGCGUUUUCUGGAAAUUUAUGACUUUGUUUUGUUAAUUUUCUGCAAGGGAAAGGAACAUGAUUUUAUUUAUUUGGAAUAAUUUUUUUCGUGGUUC